CAGAUGUUCUAGAGGCGCGUGUCCCUUUUCUAGACAAAGAGUCUCUCGACCAUGAAUCCAAGAUGAUCAAACCAGAGAAAGGGAGGAUCGAGAAGUGGGUUUUAAGGAGAGCCUUUGACGAUGAAGAACGCCCUUAUUUGCCAAAACACAUUCUCUACAGACAGAAAGAGCAGUUUAGUGAUGUUGUUGGGUACAGCUGGAUCGAUGGCCUCAAAGCCCAUGCUGCUGAAAAUGUCAAUGACAAGAUGAUGUCCAACGCUGCAUAUAUCUUCCCUCACAACACCCCACUAACCAAAGAAGCUUACUAUUACAGAAUGAUCUUUGAGAGAUUCUUCCCACAGGCGAUUGGAGUCCACCUCUCGGCCUACUACAGUAGCAAAGUGGCAUUGCCCUUGCCGCCACAUAAGGCAAUUGACGACAUGCCAAUGAUGAUGGGACAAGAAGUUGUGAUUCAGACAUGAGUUUGAAGGAUAUAUGGAGUUCUUUAAAGUUGUCCUAAUGGGUGUAAGUGUUUUUGUAUGAUUUCAAAAUAAAAUUGGUUUCCUGUUCGUAGGGAAAAAUAUGGAUGUAUA